GAGCAACCAAAUAUAUGUAAUCGUCACUCGCUCCAUUGUCACUACAAACAAACCUCACAUGUAUAUAUUGUUAACCUCACUUCCAAAGCCGCCCCUUUCUCAUUCCGAUUACUGAUAUAAUAUAUACGGUAAUAGAUGCUCAAAGUUCAACAAUGACGCUCCGCUGCCAUGGACGCUUUUUCGCUUCGCUCUGGGAGAGCAAUUCUUUCCAUCUUCACCAGUUCCAUGUAUUUACAUAGUAAACUUGAAUAGGGCCUCCUUCGUUUCUUUAAGCGAUCUAACAGGAGUGAAGCGCGAAGACCUCCACGGCAGUGACACGGCGGAGCGUCACCAAUCCGUUUUCCCUGGCUUGGCUUUCCUUUCCUCUCCUCGUUCAAUGUGUUGAGUCAAUUUACAGGUAUUUGACUCAUCAUCCCUUUGUUGGACUGUUUUAACAUCCUUCGAUUGACAUCCCCUCCCCCCUUUCCCUGGGAACAACUUCACGUUCUUUCACCGGGAACAUAGGGUUGUGCAUGCUCUUAACAGUAUCAUAAUAUCUCGAAGUGUGUUCUAGUUUCUUGGAUACUCUAUCGCCUCGUCAAAAUGUUACUGCUCCGUACACCCGCUGAUCUACAAUUUGAUUGCUGCUUCCACGCAAAUUUCUUCCACACAAGGAAAUUCAGCAUAAUCCGAAGAUUGGACUACAACCACUUUCGUCAUCUAUUGCUGCUGUAAUACUCGGAAGAAACAGAAUUCUUGGAAAUGUCAUUAGACUGCUUCUGCUGUUCUGAUACCCUCGAUGCUUUUGUUACUUGAGGAAAUCUUAUCCCUUGCUUAGUGAUACCCUCGCCCUGCAAAACCCCUUCAUGAAGGUAUCGACCUUGCCUGAAUGUACUGGAUCUUUGCAUCUUUUCAGUUGUACGACAAUCUUCUCCCUUAUUUUCAAUUUUUGAACACCUGCAAGGCAAUACAAUAUAUUGAUUGACAAUCACUCUGUCUCCAAUGUCCUAACACAUCACCCUUGGUGUGUCUUGACAUUAAUAAGAGAGUAUUUUCUCUUUCUCUGGAUACUUUCAUUAGCUGGGUCAUCUUAUCAUCACGUUCAUUCAUUUACUUCUCCUUUUCGAUUACGACGGUCUUCAUUCCUUCGUCCGUUGUUCUAAUUUUUUUUCUAUAUCGAUAAGUUUUAAACGCCAUCUUAUAAUACUCUACAUCCCUACGACCUAAGAUGUUUCGAAGUCGAAACUUAGCUGCUCUAGCAGUGCUCGCCCUGUCCGGAUCGUCUCUUAGUAAACCGGUUGCAGGCGGAUCAUGGGUUGGUGAGACUUGUGUCUGCCCACCUUCCGAUUGUCCGCCGGUUGUCACCUCCUACACUACCAUCACGGCUACUCCUGUUUACACUUUCACUGUCACAAAAACUAUUAGUCAUGAAGUAACCCCCCCAGCAAACACAACUCCCGGUCCAAGUACUGGUCCAGCAGGGCUACCAUCUUCACCGAUUGUUAUUCAUACACCUUCCACCACUGCCCCGCUGGAAACGACCGUCAAGACAACUACCAUCUCUGGCUCUAAGAUUGUUGUCACCAGUACUAUCACACCAAUUCAAACUCCACCGCAGAGUACCAUACCUUGUGAAACGAUCACUCAAACCAUCACAACUUCAGGAACUGUCGUUGUAAUAACCACCACUAUCACGCCUAGUCAACCUCCUGUCCAGACUGCAGUAGUUGGUACUCCAAUAAUUACAACUGGUAUUUUAAUUUAUUUGGUUCUUCACACCUAUUUUAUCACAAGAUCUAACCUGCCCAAUUCUAGUGCCUGGAUUUACUAUCAUAACCACUAUACCUGGCACGAUCAUCACUUCAAGCAUUCCUGGAUCAGUCGUUGUCAUCACAAAGACUAUCUCGCCAACUACCGAAACCACUGUCAUUCCUUGUGAUUCGACCCUCACACUAACUCAGACGGGGACAGUGAUCAAAACAACUUGUCCUGUGUCUACAAUCACAUUAACAGAAUCUGGACACAUUGUAACUUCCACAUAUCAACCGUCAACCCUAUACGUGACUUAUUCAUCGAAUAUCUACACCACUGUUGUGACAGCUACAACGAUCACGAAAACUAUUUCAGUAAGCACACUGACGAUCACCAAGACUGGUGAAAUUGUUCAAACCACUGUUCCGGGGUCUACCUCCAUUAUCACAAUCCCCGGAUCUGUCAUAACUUCAACCGUCACGCCCAUUUCAGCAACUACAACUUUGCCUUCAUCAACUUGUCAAUACGACCCAUGCCUCAAACAAAUGCUAGAAUCCUCAGCCGUUACUCCGUUCUGCGCUACCUAUACAGCAACUGUUCACACGAUUCCAAUUUCACUUCCAGCCUGUGUCUCUGAAUGUGACACUGCACCAGGUGCUCUCUCAUCUGCUUGCUCAUGUUUAGUCGGUCAAUAUACCCCUGUCAUCAUCACAACUUCCUCAACGAUCUUCGACCCAUCAUUCACGCCCACAGCUUCCUCGAAGUCUCCAUGCAAACACUGUACAGAGGUUCUCACCAUUCCCCAACCCUCUAUAACCCCGUCGAAUGGAAUUUGUUCGACCGGCCUGAUUGUCUCUACAAUAACUACAACUACUACGUUCAUCCAAGUUCUUACAACGACAAGUAGUAUUCCAGUCUCGCCGCCAACGACUCAUAUUUCUAGCUCCGUAGGCUUUUCCGAUGAUACAUCCUCAACGGGGACGUUUUUUCCUGCCACUUCUUCCACUGUUGUCCUUUCUUUAUCUGCCGCUCAAUCGGCAUCGAUUGCUCCUUCUUCCUCUGCGCAGAGAACUGGCUCAUCAUCUUCUUCCUCCAGGGUCGCGUUGUGGUAGACCCAAAGUUUAUCGACCAAAGAGUGAUCCAAACAACAAGGUAUGGGCGGGGGGAGGCCUAAAACAAGGGGUCGAAUCCUUGUUUGGACACGAAUCUGAUAUAGUGCAAUGUUUCAAAGUCAUCUUUCUUAUUUAUUUUUAUCUUAUGAUGUUGCAUUCGUUUUAAUUCAAAUCUGGUAUUCUCAGGUAUGAAACGGUGGAAAUCGUGUGUUAUGAUUGUGGUGGGAAUUGGCAUAGAUAAAUAUGAUUAGAUUAAUUUUAAUAUCUGUUUUUUUCUUGGAUUCA